AUGUCUCUCUCCAACAAGCUUGCUAUCACCGACGUCGACGUCAAGGACAAGCGUGUCCUCAUUCGUGUCGAUUUCAACGUCCCCCUUGACGCCGAAAAGCACAUCACCAACAACCAACGAAUUGUCGGUGCCUUGCCCACAAUCAAAUAUGCCAUUGACCACGGCGCCAAGGCCGUCAUCUUGAUGUCCCACCUUGGUCGUCCCGACGGCAAAGUCAACCCCAAGUACAGCUUGCAGCCCGUUGUCCCCGAGCUCGAGAAGCUCCUCGGCCGCAGCGUCAUCUUCACAAAGGACUGUGUUGGCCCUGAAACAGAGGAAAUCGUCAACAAGGCUUCUGGUGGUCAGGUCAUCUUGCUCGAAAACUUGCGAUUCCAUCCCGAGGAGGAAGGUAGCUACAAGGAUGAGCAGGGUAACAAGGUCAAGGCCGACAAGGCCAAGGUUGAGAAAUUCAGGAAGGAAUUGACUGCUCUUGGAGAUGUUUACAUCAAUGAUGCUUUCGGAACUGCCCACCGUGCCCACAGCUCCAUGGUCGGAGUUGAUCUCCCCCAAAAGGCCGCCGGUUUCCUCGUCAAGAAGGAACUCGACUACUUUGCCCAGGCCUUGGAAAACCCCAAGCGUCCUUUCCUUGCUAUCCUUGGAGGCUCCAAGGUUUCUGACAAGAUCCAGCUCAUCGACAACCUCCUCCCCAAAGUCGACAGCUUGAUCAUCACCGGUGGCAUGGCUUUCACCUUCAAGAAGACUCUUGAGAACGUCAAGAUCGGUAACUCCCUGUUCGAUGAGCCCGGCAGCAAGACCGUAGGUGAUAUCAUUGAAAAGGCAAAGAAGUACAACGUCAAGGUCAUCCUGCCCGUCGACUACGUUACUGCCAGCAAAUUCGGCGCCGAUGCUGAAGUUGGCAGCGCCACCGACGCCGAAGGUAUCCCCGAUGGCUGGCUUGGUCUGGAUGUCGGUCCCAAGAGUGUUGAAUUAUACAAGAAGGCUAUCGCUGAAGCCAAGACUAUCCUCUGGAACGGUCCCCCUGGUGUCUUUGAGUUGGAGCCCUUCGCCAGCGGAACAAAGGCUACCCUCGACGCCGCCGUUGCUGCUGCUCAGUCUGGUGCUGUCGUCAUUAUCGGUGGUGGUGAUACUGCUACCGUUGCUGCCAAGUACAAGGUUGAGGACAAAUUGAGCCAUGUCUCCACUGGUGGUGGUGCUUCUUUGGAGUUGUUGGAGGGUAAGGAUUUGCCUGGUGUUUCGGCUCUCUCAAAGAAAAGUGUAUCAAGCCUUUAG